UUUUAUGCAAAAAAAACUUAUAUUGCAUGGGUGUGGUCUAACUAACUCAUGUGCUUUCAUGAUGAGCUCUGGCUGUCGUCUUCUUGUUCGUAAGCUCCCAAAUUUCCUCAGACCGGAGGACAAGGAGAGCCUACUAAAGUUUUUUGGGGCAAUUGAAGUCACUGUGAUGUCUCAAAAUGGAGCAAUGAGGAAUUGUGCCUUUGCUACUUUUGCAAAUCCAGCUGAUGCCAGGAUGGCAAUGAUAAAGCUACACCAGUUGAAUGUGUUCGGCUCUGUACUGAUCGUCGUUUAUGCUUCACCUCAAUCAGAGAGAGAAGCUCCAAUUGAAAACAGGUGGAGGGGAGACAAAGUUAGCACCAGUGACAAACCUCGCACAGAGUCAAAUUUAAAAUCAUCUCCGAGCAGAAAAACAAGCCCCACUGCAAUCCCUCAGCUUUCAUACGAGUAUCCUCCGCCCACGCAAACUAUCAUUGGCAAUAUCGCUCAUGCUGUUGCAGCUGUUCCUCUUCUGUAUACUCAAGUUCUUCAUCUCAUGAACAAGUUGAAUCUUCCUUCACCUUUUGAUCAGCCUCUCCCAGCACCUGAUCUACCUUCAGGUAGGAGGAGAGACUUGGAGACUAGUGAAUCAGAGUUGAGUAGCUCCACAGAUGGAGAAGAAACAGAGAGAAAGAGUCUUGGUGGCAGAAGAUUGAGCAGGAAAAGACGGAGGAAGAUGCCUAAGAGAAUGUCUGUUAGUUUUAAGCAGUUUAAAGAAGCAAAGCCAAUAAAAGAUAGUCACAACGGACAGGAAGCAACAAAAUUUCAUAGAAGAAUAGAAAUCAAAGCUCCAGAUCAGCUAAGACCUCCAGCAAAUGACGCUUUGGUUAUAGAGAAUGUUUAUACUUUUGCUGCAACACCAAUCCAACAGGAAAUGGAAACCAGUCAAGCAGCUCAUGAUGCCGAACUCAACAUGCAAGAGGAAAGCCCUCUGGAAGAAGAUUUUAUUUCUUACGCUGAAUUGCAAUUAAAUCGUAUUUCGAAUGAAGUUUUGACAGAGAUGGAGCGCGAUGAUGGAGUAUUUAAGAACUAUAGCAAAGGAGAGCCAUCGAUGAGGCUGUAUAUUAAAAAUCUUUCAAAACAAGCAACAGAAAAGGACCUCACUCGUAUUUAUGGCCGUUACAUCAACUGGUCAUCUGAAGUAGAAAGACACAGUUUUGAUGUACGUGUGAUGCAGCAAGGUCGAAUGAAAGGUCAGGCAUUCAUAGGAAUGCCAAAUGAAGAAAUAACAUCAAAAGCUCUAGCUGAUACUUUAGGAUACAAACUAUACGAUAAGCCAAUGGUUGUGCAAUUCGCUCGCUCAACAAAAGCUAAAGAAAAAGAGACUUGGCAGACUUGAAAUAAUGAUAAUAAUGUUGUUUUUGUCAAUAAAAUAAUUAUUACUAUUAUUGUAAAUAG